UUUAAUAAUAUUUUAUUCGAAUAACUACUGGGAAUCUACGAAAAGCAUGGAUAAAGGCGAGAGUAUAGUAAUUUCUGACAGUGAUGAUGCCCAACCUACAGUUGCACCAACAGAAAGUGGUAGCGCAGCGUUUAAUGUCGCUAAGGAAACCAAAAUUGGCUCUAGAAAGAGAGAGAGAUUGCCCCGAGUAUAUUCAGCAGCUGUCAAGGCUUUGGGAGCCCGACUGGACAAAAAAAACCAGCUUAAGGACUAUAUAUUUCGUCAAGACAAGUGCCGCCACCUAAGUAGAUUGAAAAAGUUGAUCUGCCUGGCGUAUGAUAAUUACAAAAACCUAAUCGACACGCUAAAGCUAUGUGAAUUCCCAUUUAGUUGGUGCGAUGAACGAUUGGCGGCCGUCAUUGCAGCCGACGUGGCGUUUUCAACUGAAAUGUUUUUACCAGUCAGCAAGCAUCCCAAAGUUCUGGCGGUUAUGAAGCUAAAGGCUCCUUUACAGGAACUACAAAAAAUUAAAGUAGAACGCCGUUCUCCUAAGGGGCCAUUCAGAUACGCAAUUCUGAACAAGUUGAUCAUAUCUCGUGAACAUUUGGAUAAGGCUUUGAAGAAGGACGGUUACAUUUUGUCUGAAUUUAAAGCACCGAAGGAUUCUACUACCCCAGAGGUCGUCCUGGAGGCGUACCAUGCACAUCUUCGCACGCUCGAGAUUUUCGAGUAUACAUGGGAUCUGCAUUUUCCUGACGAUAUUCUGGUUUUUCAUAUCAAAUCCAAUCUGCACGAUAAGGAUGCGUUUCGCCGCAAAUAUGUGCUAAUGUACGAUAAAUCCAUUGCGGCACCCGUACGGACUCUUGGUGCUAACACACAUGAUAUGGUGUUAGAUGCGUGUUCCUCACCCGGUAAUAAAGCAACUUUGAUCGCGGCAACGUGUAGAGCGCUUGUGUGCUGUGAACGGAACGAGAAAAGGUAUAAAGUUCUUUGUCAAAACAUCUGCACCAGUCGGGCAAACAAACGAUGCGAUGUACAAGCUAUUAACGUCGAUUUUCUCAAAUUGAACCUCAAUGAUCCUCCUUUUCGAGACUGUACGAAGGCAAUCGUCGAUCCCAGCUGCACCGGGGGUGUCGACUUCGAUCGUGAGGUGGAUCCAGCUCGAGUGGAAAAGUUGGCUAAUUUACAAGCGGCUUGUCUAAAGAAGGCGCUAUCACUCCCUGUUGUUGAAACUGUAGUCUAUUCAACAUGUUCAAGCGAACCUCGCGAAAACGAGGGAGUCGUCAAGGAAAUACUUGAAUGGGCUAAAUCUCAGCCACAGGAUAAAUAUAAAGGGAGUUGGGCUUUAGAAAAGGCCUUGCCUAAUCUGCCGUUUCGAGGAAACGAAGAACUGUACCCAGAAAUUGGCGAUAAUUGCCUUUUCUUCGACGAGUCUCGGUCUCAGACGUCUGUUCAGUUUGUUGCGAAGUUCGUGCGUAUGGUGAAAAAAAAAACGGCCACUGCUAAAUUGAAGAGCAACCCCAAAGUGAGGAUGAAGCUGAAGCGGCUACGUCAGAAGCAGGAGAAACGCAAGCGAGAAAAACUGGCGAAGGCACAAAAGGCAAAAAACGAUGCAAAAUAAAAAUGGGUCGCGGCCCUGCUUGCUGUUCUAGAAGUUUCUAAUGACGUAGGUAUUGUGGGUUAUAUAGAGCAAUAAAGUAAUUGAAGUGUAUUGUUUGUAUAUUUCGUCUCUUUUUUUGCUCGAAGGUAAACGUUAAUGAAUUAGCUUCUCAACUGCAAGGAUAGACCAUUUGAACUAAGAACUAAGUUGUUUCGCUUUUUCUCACGAAAUGUUGGCAUUUUAUAGUUGCGACGGCCAUGGAGGGCACGUCUGUCCAAAUACAGUGCGUCCUGUUACGUAAUAUUGAUACCGUCAGCCAUCUCUAACGUUGCAUAUGACACCUUAUGAAUUGAUCUAUUGAGCUUUAGUAUUACGUAAUAGGUUAACAUAGGUGGUACCUUCAUUGUACAGAAGUGAGAAGUGCCUAU